GUACGAAAGAGGUUAUUAAGGUUAUGUAUGUUAUUGUUGAUGUGUAGGGAUUCUUAUUUUCGUACAUGGUGUUUAAGAAUUAAGUAUUCUACCGAAUUGCUAGACGCAGAAGUAAAAAUGUACGAUGUUUGGAUGUGUACUAAAAAUUAAAAAAUAAAAAUCGAAUCAAUGUCUGCUCAAUUAAAAAAAAUAGUAAUUGUGAGAACAAUGUCUGAAGAUUUAUCAGGUGUCAAUAUCAUUAUAAUAAUAGGUUUAGGUGUCUUAACUUUUAUAAUAUUAUUCAUUUUUGCCAAACGUCAGAUAAUGCGAUUUGCUUUACGAUCACGUCGAGGUCCGCAUGUUCCAAUUGGUCAUGAUGCGAAAAAGCUGAUUAGACGUGAAAUAGAUAGAAGAAUAGAUUUAAUUCCUCGUAUAAUUUGUGAGCCUCAACUUUUACAUAACACAGACUCGAGAUACAUUUUAUACCCAGGUCAACAAAUUCCUGCCCAUUACUAUCGUUUAAAAGCAGUGGAUGAUGUCAAACUGUUAGAAACUGAAAUAAGCCGACAAGAUCAUUGUUUAGUAAGGUAUCCAAAUGAUAACCUCCGUGCAUAUUUACUGACUGCAUUGGCAGCACCAUUGAAUGGCACUGGGCAAAGGAUUAUACACCAAUUUUGUGAUUUAUACGAUCACGCUCGGCAUGAUCCCAAUCAUUUUGGAGAUGAAGAAUACCAAGCGUACAAUAGGUUACUCUUGAAACUUUUAGAUGCGGCAAAGCUGCUCAAAUCAUUUAACGGUAGCCGCAAAUCGUCUCCAAACCGCACUCCUCAUAAAGUAAAACAUCACAAUCAGGAGAAAACACGAAGCUUAGAUCCGUCACGUUUACGACCCAUUGAAGAUGAGAUUCUCUGCAUUUCGGAACACAUCGAGUCUAGACCAACUUCACUGUCCCUUUCUACUCAUUUGUCAGAUAAUGAAACAUCAGUAUAACAUUAAAUGUAUUAGAUGUUAGAUGUCGCACUUUGCUCUCUAUUGAAAUAUUGCUCUUCACUCAACUCAAAAGUCCAAGUGUUCCGAUAUACCUACCUACAUAAGUCACUGUGUUGCAAAUGGAGUAGUAUAGAUGCUUUUGUGAUUUUGUUAAUGUUUGUUAUAAAACAAAGUAUUAAACCAUACACCUUAUUUAGGAUC